CGCGGGGGCUCCGCGGUGGCCGGAGCGGGGCGCGGAGCGGCCGCGGGUGCGCACCAUGGGCUGGCGGCUGCUGCUGCUGGCCCUGGCGCUGGGCGGCCGCGUCGCCUCCGCGCAGAACGACACGGAGCCCAUCGUGCUGGAGGGCAAGUGCCUGGUGGUGUGCGACUCCAACCCGGCCCCCGACGCCAAGGGCUCGUCCUCCUCCUCCUCGCCGCUGGGCAUCUCCGUGCGGGCCGCCAACUCCAAGGUGGCCUUCUCGGCCGUGCGGAGCACCAACCACGAGCCCUCUGAGAUGAGCAACAAGACGCGCAUCAUCUACUUCGACCAGAUCCUUGUAAAUGUGGGCAAUUUUUUCACGUUGGAGUCUGUCUUUGUAUCACCACGGAAGGGAAUUUACAGUUUCAAUUUCCACGUAAUUAAAGUCUACCAGAGUCAAACAAUUCAGGUGAAUCUGAUGCUGAAUGGGAAGCCAGUGAUCUCUGCUUUCGCUGGGGACAAGGACGUCACCCGUGAGGCCGCCACCAACGGGGUCCUGCUGUACCUGGACAAGGAGGACAAGGUUUACCUGAAGCUGGAGAAGGGCAAUCUGGUUGGUGGGUGGCAGUACUCGACAUUCUCUGGCUUCCUGGUCUUCCCCCUGUAAAGUCCAUUUUCCCGUGCCGUUCAUCCAGGUGUGGACUCAUCCUUGUUCCAUGAAGAUCGUUUUUGUCAUCAUGGAGUGAUGGUUCUUUAUUGCUUCCUCGUGGGUGAUUUUGGAUUCUCUCCAUGGAUUCUGGCCCCGUCUGAACUACUCAGAAGUUCCACAGAGUUUUGUGUGUCCAAAUACGAUAUCUUUGGCCUGAGACUCAAGCAGACAAUAAAUAUCAACGCUUAAGGUUUCGGCCUAGAGCUGCCUGCAAGAUUUAUUCCAAUUUCCCUUCCUGGAUUCAGGGAAGAAAUGGAUUUUCUUUAUCUGUGAAAAGACUGGCACCAAGUCUCUCAUGUAGGAGGGUUUGAGUUCAGACUUCAAGCAGGAGUUAGUGUGUUGCUGCCAAAGAGCUGUGUUGAUAUAUUGGUCAUGUUUGUGUCCUGGGCUGCGCUGCCAUCACCCAUUCCCUUGUCCUAGAGAGGUCAUUCCCGUUGCUGAGGGGCUGACGUGAGCUCUCCUCUCUGUGUUCUGUGUUGGAUGGUUCACCCAAAUAUUUGAGCUCAGUCCCAGCCAAGCCCAGCCUCCAUGAAUCUGAGGGGUCGUGGAUGUGUUCUGGUUGGGUAUGGAAGGGGUUCCUCUUUUCCACUGGUUCCU